GGAAGGAAACCCUGGAGGAGGGAAAUGACCUCGCUCGGCUGGUAAGAGAAUGACAGUUAAAAACAUACUACAAGUUAGUGAGCUCUUUUACUAGCCUUUCAACAACGAGUUAGCACAGCAGAAUAGAUCUGUUGUGAAAUUACACUAAUGCGACUUCCUGUUUCAUACUGCAGGCCUGGGAAGUAAACACUUGCCUAAAAAUGAUGAACAUAGAGCACGAGGCUUUCUGCAAGCUCCGCCGCUCCAUGCACCCCACCUCGCCUGCUGACAUCGAUCCUAAGGUCCACAGCAUCGUGGAAAGAGCCGUGAGAAGCAUUCUGGGCGAGCAGUCCAAUGAGCCCCGUAGCAACCUGCUCAGCCCAUCUCAGGUGGUGGUGGAGGUGGUGCCCAGGCUCCUCCUGGCCCUGUGGCUGCAGCCAGAGGAAGGACAUUCAGAGCACCCAAUCCUAAUAAGCGGGAUGGCCGUGGGCAUGGUGGCGGCCGUAGUGGAGAAGCUCUCCUGCAUGUUAAAGGACCCUUCCCCUCACAUCCCUUUCUCCCGGGCUGCUGCUUUUGACUCUGUGCGGUCGAUCCUCAACAGAAUCAGUCAGUCCUUCUCCACCGAUGACCUGCAGAGCCCUUUUUAUAUGAGCUCUGUUUGUGCCUUUGUGGCGGAUGAGGUGCAGAGCUGCUUCCAGCCCCCUGCAGCCACCCUACCAGUCCCCCCUGUCCUCGCGGUGGCCGUUUCCACCACACUACCAGCUGACAUCCAAGCAGACCCGGCUUGUUCCCACCUGGAGGUUGUGGACAUCACCCGUAAGACAGAGGCAGAUCCGGCUUCUUCCCACCUGGAGGAUGUAGACAUCACCAGUAACACAGAGGCAGACCCGGGUUCUUCCCACCUGAAUGUUGUGGACAUCCCCUCUAACACAGAGGCAGACCCGGCUUCUUCCCACCUGAAUGUUGUGGACAUCAACUCUAAUACAGAGGCAGACCCGGCUUCUUCCCACCUGAAUGUUGUGGACAUAACCCCUAAUACAGAGGCAGAGCCCAUCUCUUCCCUCUUGGAGGUUGUGGACGUCAAACCUGAAGAAAGGACUCUCACGAUGGCCGUCUUCGCCACUCUGCCAGCUGACAUCCAAGCAGAGGAUGUUGCUGUGGUCAUCUCGGAUGUCACCCCACCCGUCACCAAGGACGUGACACUGGAUGUUCCAUGCAAAACUAGGAAAGGGGCAGUCCGGCGAUUAUUUUGCAGGCUUUGGAGGGCAGUGUGCUGCUGCGCCUGCCACAAGGAAGAGGAGGAACAAUAUUAAUUAUUCAUCAGACCUUCAGAAAUGGGAUGGAACCAUAGACCAUUAAACUAUUAAAUUAUAAUUGGACUCAAUUCUGCUUUUCUUCUGUUUACUACUUAAUUUCAGAAAAUUUCUAUAAACUUUCACUUUGCAAGUGUGGAGUAGGUUGUGUAAAUAAGUGGGAAACAUCCCAAUUUUAAUGCUUUUAAUAAUUUACUUUGUACAUUAAAAAAAAAUAUGUAUUAUUUCACAACAAAAAAACAGGGAGCUCAACCAACGUUGAGUUGAAUUUGAAUCAUCAUAGAAAAGGAAAUAGCGCAACUCUUGCUCACUAUAAAAAAUGCAUUGUUUUAUUCAGGCAAGGUUAAAAGUUUAACGUUUCGGCCUAGUCUAUGAUGAUAUGCAAGUUGUGUUUGCCCAGGAAAAGGGUGACCCAGACUCACCCUGGUUCUUGAGGGUUGAAGACAGUGAAAAUGAUCAUUA